CAGAACCAAAUGGGCGUAAAUGAUCAGAUACCAUGGUGUAAAGAUUGCCGCUUUCUGCCCUGGCUUCCGUUCCCACGGCUCCUCCAACAAAGAGCACCUGCCGUGCCCGUGCUAGCUCUCAUGUAGUAGUCAAGUCAUGGAGUGGCAGCUCACCGUCCCAUCUCGAUCGCGCUGACUAGCAGCUCCCCCAAAGUUGAAAACCUGCCGCCCUCUGCCCCGCAGCGCGAGUGAUUUCUUUCUUGGCUCGCCCACGCGCGCGGCAGCGUCAGGUGCCAGCAGCCUGAUGACCGCCUGCGCCGCUGCUUGCCUGCAGGGCUCUGCUGCUGCCGCUGCUGCCCUUAACACUGGCCGAAGUGACCCAUCCUCUGCGCCUGCCACCCCCCCUACCUCACCUUAAUUCCAGCGGAACCCCACGCACUGCCCCCGCCUGACGCGCCCUCAAGUGUGUGCCGCGUCUUUCUUUCCGCUGCUGCUCCCCAGCCCACCUCAGUCCUCCUCUGACACUCCAGCACAAUGCGAGCUGUAGUAGCUAGCCACGAGCAUUAAACACCUCACGCACAGUGUGAGUCCCUCCUUGAGCAGCAAGAACGUCUGCCAUUGCCACUGAGACCUGAGCUCUUGUAACACUUGUGCUGUGUUUUCGGUUGAGGUUGAGGCCGGAGAUCGAGAUGAUGCUGAGAGGGGCGCAAGGCGGCGGCGGCGGCGGCGGGAGGUGCCUGUUCACGGCGUCGCAGUGGCGGGAGCUGGAGCAGCAGGCGCUCAUCUACAAGUACAUGGCCGCCGGGUCGCAGGUCCCCCACGAGCUUCUCCUCCCCUUCCGCCACGCCGCCGCCGUCGACACCGCCCCCUCCCUCGCCUGCUUCCCUCCUCCUUCUCAUCCCUCCCUGGGGUGGGGGUGCUACGGCCCGGCGGCGAUGCAGUACGGGCGGCGGGCGGAGGACCCGGAGCCAGGGCGUUGCCGGCGCACGGACGGCAAGAAGUGGCGGUGCUCCAGGGAAGCCUUCGGGGAGUCCAAGUACUGCGACAGGCACAUGCACCGCGGCAAGAACCGUUCAAGAAAGCCUGUGGAACCCCCAACUCCCCCUUCCUCCUCUUCUUCUUCCUCCUACCGCCCGUCCGCGCUCUCCAUCUCGCCGCCGACGCCCGCCGACGCCGCGCCCAACAGCAACAGCUCCUACGGCCACCAAUUCCUCCGCCCCGGCCCCUCCAGCGUCAGCCCUCUCCAGCUCCACCUCGACGCGCCGUCUCCCCCGCCGUCCUACCACAGGUACGCGCAGCCGCAGCCGCCGCAGUACUCCACCUCGUCCUUCUUCCCGGCCGGCCACGGGUACGGGUGCGAGUUCAAGCCGGCAGCGAUGCUGGAGCAGCACGAGGAGGCGUUGUUGGCCAGGCGCCGGCUCGGGGCCGACCUGAGCCUGGACAAGCCGGACGCGGCGACGUCGGAGGGCGAGAAUAAGACGAAGUCGCUGCGGCGGUUCCUCGACGAGUGGCCGCGCGGGGAUAACAACGGCGACGGGCGGUCGUGGAUGGACGAGACGACGCAGCUCUCCAUGUCCAUCCCCGCGGCCUCGUCCCCGGCCGCCGACCUCGCCAUUGCCGCGUCGCGUUACCACCACCACAACGGAAAUGAAUAAGCUGCGCGCGGCUAGAGAAUUUGGUUUGAGAUCAUCUGAAGUCGGAAACCAGUGAGUCUAGCUAGUAGUCGUAGGGUGCCCUGGUUUGAUCUUGUUUGUUGUUGUUGUAGACUUGUAGUCGAUCUUUAUCCGGUCUUGGGGUCAUUUAUUUCCGUGUAACCGUUUCGUUCGACGACAAAGAAAGAAGAAGAAAAUCCGACUCCGUCUCUCUGGCUAGUUUGGAGAUGAA